UAGACACAGGCUGUGCCAUCAGGAAAUUGGAGGCAUGUUCUCUGGGUGGUUCUCAAGCACUCGGAUAUCGUAGCCCCACUCCCACCCCUUUCUUUCUUCUUCUGUUCUAGAAGCUCGGGCCUGGUGGGUUAUGGGGCAGAGAGGCAUUCACCAUGACUUCACUCUGUUCAGGAUGAAGCAAUUUGAGCAAACACUGGUGUUGAGCCAGCAGGCCGUUUGGUCUUUGCCUCAUGAUGUGAGAAAUAAGUUUUGGUAUGAACUAAGCGGAGAUCGGUAUCUUUUUAAUCUGCAAGUGUACGGGGACGUCAGCCACCCAAAUGUCUGCUGGCCCCUUCUCACCCAGGGCGACUCGAGUUUCCUCUAAUGAGAGGUGCGGGGGGCCGCGUGGAAUACACGGGAAAGAGGAGCAUUCUUGCCCUCCUUUUCAGUGUCCACAUCCGGAUUUACCUAAACCCCACCCAGGCUGCAUUUGCGUAGCAGUGAAAAACCGGUAUUUUCUAUCCAUGAAUCACACUGCACAUCCUGGGCCUGUGUCCUUUGGGUGCGCCAGGCCAGCUUCGGGGAAGGAUGGGCCCAGCUGAAGGCAAGCUGAGCAUGGAGGAGAAAGGUCCCUCCACCUGGGGGCCGAGCAGGUGACUGCUGAUGUCCACCUGCCCAUCUGGACAUGGAGCUGUCUGUCUGCCCUCCUGGAGAAAGACCAGGAAAGGAAGGUGGAGCCCUGAGUUUCUGCUGUCGGGGGCUCUGUAGCGCAGCAGAGAAGACCAAGACAAGAAGCCCCAAACUGUCUCAUAGUCCCCAACCUCCCAAUUUGGGCGACCCUGUCGAGCAUUUAUCAGAGACGUCUGGUGAUUCUUUGGAAGCCAUGUCUGAGGGAGAAGCUCCAAGUCCUUUUUCCAGAGGCAGCCGAACUCGAGCGAGCCUUCCCGUGGUGAGGUCGACCAACCAGACGAAAGAAAGAUCUCUGGGGGUUCUCUAUCUCCAGUAUGGAGAUGAAACCAAGCAGCUCAGGAUGCCGAAUGAAAUCACAAGUGCAGACACAAUCCGUGCUCUCUUUGUAAGUGCCUUUCCACAGCAGCUCACCAUGAAAAUGCUAGAAUCGCCCAGUGUCGCCAUUUACAUCAAAGAUGAAAGCAGAAAUGUCUAUUAUGAACUAAAUGAUGUAAGGAACAUUCAGGACAGAUCGCUCCUCAAAGUGUACAACAAGGACCCCGCACAUGCAUUCAACCACACACCGAAAACUGUGAACGGAGACAUGAGGAUGCAGAGAGAAAUUGUUUAUGCAAGAGGAGAUGGCCCUGGUGCCUCUCGACCGGGAUCCACAGCUCAUCCACCCCAUGCCAUUCCACAUUCUCCACCGUCCACUCCUGUGCCCCAUUCCAUGCCUCCUUCCCCAUCCAGAAUUCCUUACGGGGGCGCCCGCCCCAUGAUUGUUCCUGGCAAUGCCACCAUCCCCAGGGACAGACUCUCCAGCCUGCCAGUCUCCAGAUCCAUCUCACCCAGCCCGAGUGCCAUUUUGGAAAGAAGAGAUGUAAAGCCGGAUGAAGACAUGAGCGGCAAGAACAUUGCGAUGUACCGGAAUGAGGGCUUCUAUACUGAUCCUUACCUUUAUCACGAGGGACGGAUGAGCAUAGCCUCUUCCCAUGGCGGGCACCCGCUAGAUGUCCCUGAUCACAUCAUUGCGUAUCACCGCACAGCAAUCCGCUCGGCGAGUGCUUACUGCAACCCUUCUUUGCAAGCGGAAAUGCAUAUGGAGCAGUCGCUGUACAGACAGAAAUCGAGGAAAUAUCCAGAAAGCCACUUGCCCACUCUGGGCUCCAAAACACCCCCCGCCUCUCCUCACCGAGUCAGCGACCUGAGAAUGGUAGACAUGCACGCCCACCAUAACGCCCACGGGCCCCCUCACACCUUGCAGCCAGAUCGGGCCUCCCCGAGCCGCCAGACCUUCAAGAAGGAGCCAGGCACCUUGGUGUAUAUUGAAAAGCCGCGGACCACUCCAGGAUUAGCCAGCAUUGUGGACUUCGGCCCUCCUCUAGUUGAGAAGCAAGUGUUUGCCUACAGCACGGCUACCAUACCCAAAGAUAGAGAGACCAGAGAGAGGAUGCAAGCCAUGGAGAAACAGAUUGCCAGUUUAACUGGCCUUGUUCAGUCGGCGCUUUUUAAAGGGCCCAUUACAAGUAAUAGCAAAGAUGCGUCUAGCGAGAAAAUGAUGAAAACCACAGCCAAUAAGAGCCACACAGAUAGUGCAGGAACGCUCCAUGUUUCUGGAGGCAAGACUGUCGGCGCCCUGGAGUCCUCGGGGCCACCCAGCCAGCCCCUGCCUGCCAGCACCUCGGCUAUACACAUAAGCCUGCUCGACAUGAGGCGGAGUGUGGCCGAACUCAGGCUCCAGCUCCAGCAGAUGCGACAGCUCCAGCUGCAGAACCAGGAGAUGCUGAGGGCGAUGAUGAAGAAGGCUGAGCUGGAAAUCAGUGGCAAAGUGAUUGAAACGAUGAAGAGGCUGGAGGACCCCGUACAGCGACAGCGCGUCCUGGUGGAACAAGAGAGACAGAAAUACCUACACGAGGAGGAGAGGAUCGUCAAGAAGCUAUGUGAGCUGGAAGACUUUGUUGAAGACUUGAAGAAGGACUCUACAUCAGCCAGCCGAGCGGUCACUCUAAAAGACGUGGAAGACGGGGCCUUCCUCCUGCGGCAAGUGGGAGAAGCUGUAGCUACCCUGAAAGGAGAAUUUCCAACCUUACAAAACAAGAUGCGAGCCAUCUUGCGCAUAGAAGUGGAGGCCGUGCGGUUCCUGAAGGAGGAGCCCCACAGGCUGGACAGUCUCCUGCAGAGGGUGCGGAGCAUGACCGACACCUUGACCAUGUUGCGGAGACACGUCACUGACGGGCUCUUGAAAGGUACAGAUGCGUCCCAGGCCGCUCAGUAUGUGGCGAUGGAGAAGGCCACGGCCGCCGAAGUCCUGAAGAACCAGGAGGAGGCACCCCAUGCCUCAGGCCAGCCCCUCCCCGUGGCAGGAGUCCCCGGCGACAUGAAGUCGGAAGUGGUGCCCUUGACCAUUCACCACGCACAGAGCUCUCCUGUGCUCAUCCAGCCCUCCCAGCUCUCGGCCGCCCUGCUGAACCCGGCUCACCACCUGCCUGCAGGGACCGGUCCCCACCCGGCCAGCCCUCCAGCCACCACUCAGGAAGGGACCUCCGCUCUGCCGUCCGCUCAGGCUCCGCAGUCCCCACAGACGCCCAUGAACGGUUCCACCAUGCAGAGCUUGUUCAUCGAGGAAAUCCACAGCGUGAGUGCCAAGAAUAGGGCAGUGUCUAUUGAGAAAGCAGAAAGGAAAUGGGAAGAGAAAAGGCAAAAUCUGGACCACUAUAACGGGAAAGAGUUUGAGAAGCUACUAGAAGAAGCUCAGGCCAAUAUCAUGAAGUCAAUUCCAAACCUGGAGAUGCCACCAGCCUUGGGCCCGCAAACAAAGGGUGAUGCCCCAGGAGACAAGCUCGAACUUUCAGAAGACUCUCCAAAUCCAGAACAAGACUUGGACAAGCUGGGGGGUAAGUCCCCACCUCCUCCUCCCCCACCCCCUCGGCGGAGCUACCUGCCAGGAUCAGGGCUCACCACCACGAGGUCUGGCGACGUGGUCUACACCAGCAGGAAGGAGAACACCACCGCUAAGGCAAGCAGUGAAGAUGCUCUACCAAGCCCCCAGGCUAGAGCCACAAAAUGUCCAGAGGAGCCUGCUUCUGCCUGGACCCCAUUCCCACCAUCAGUCAUUACCUCCUCCUCAAAGGAUGAGGAGGAAGAAGAGGAAGGAGACAAAAUAAUGGCAGAACUCCAGGCAUUCCAGAAGUGUUCCUUUAUGGAUGUAAAUUCAAACAGUCAUGCCGAGCAGUGCCGGGCUGACAGUCACGUUAAAGACACUAGGCCGGGGGCCACGGUCCCACCCAAGGAGAAGAAGAAUUUGGAAUUAUUCCAUGAAGACGUACGGAAAUCUGAUGUUGAAUAUGAAAAUGGCCCCCAAAUGGAAUCCCGAAAGGUUACUGCAGGGGCUCUAGCACCUCUUGACCAUCCUAAGUGGGAAAUAGCAAUGGGGAAUGGUAUUUCUGAUGCAUCAAGAACCUUAGAGUACAAAACAGACAUCCAAAAGAAGGAAAAUUCCAUAUCCAACAAGAGUUUAUUUAGAGACAGUAGAAACUAUUCCCAGAAAAAUGUGUCUAAGGUCAACUCCAGCUACCCUGGCACUAGUCCAUCGGAAGUUGAAAUAAACAAAGGACCUAAGAGCUCAGGACCACAGCACCCUAUAUCUGACACUGAGCAUCAGAAGAUGAAUUAUGGAAAGACAAAGGAGAUGAUGAGUCUAGAAGGACCAGAAAAUACAGAUAGGUGUGACCUUCCCUCUCCCACUAGGUCAACUGAAUUGAGCCCGUGUGAUGUCAAAACUCAAGAUCAAGAGGUUCCCAUGACAGAGUUCGGCCAGGUCGUUCUGAGACCCAAGGGGGCACGGCAUGUGAACGUGAACCUCAGCGAGGACGGGGAGUCGACCCCAAGUUCUCCCACUGAGGAAAAUGCGACCCCUGACAACAUUGCCUUCAUGAUUACCAAAACCGCGGUCCAGGUUCUCUCCAGUGGGGAGGUCCGAGACAUAGUGAGCAAAAAGGGGGAAGAUGUACAGACGGUUAAUAUUGAUGCCAAAAAAGAGACAACUUCCAGACAAGGAGGAACUGAAAACGAAGAGCCAGUCGUGUGCCUGGACAAGAAACCAGUUAUCAUCAUCUUUGACGAGCCCAUGGACAUCCGGUCCGCGUAUAAGAGACUUUCGACCAUAUUCGAGGAGUGCGAUGAGGAAUUAGAGAGAAUGAUGACAGAGGAAAAGAUAGAGGAGGAGGAAGAAGAGGAAAAUGGAGACCCAGGGGUCCAGAACAAUACUUCCCGAAAGUUCCCCGAGGAGAUGGCCUCUGGCAGCCCUGGACCGGCACGGCAGGCUGGCCGUGAGUUACAGCCACAAUGCCCGUCGGCCGAGGCUGACACAUCAGGAGGACAGGAAGUGAAUAAAAGGGAGUGGGGCAAGUUCAGCCAAGCAGAUUCUCCAAGUUCAGAAAGCAAGGGCGACGGGACAGAUGACCAGUUUGAAAACCCCAAGAAGAAGUUUAAGUUCAAAUUCCCUAAAAAGCAACUGGCAGCUCUCACUCAGGCGAUUCGCACAGGAACCAAAACGGGGAAGAAGACUUUGCAGGUGGUGGUCUACGAGGAGGAGGAGGAGGACGGCGCCUUGAAGCAGCACAAGGAAGCCAAACGAUUUGAAAUAACUAGGUCUCAACCUGAAAACACCCCCAAAAGCAUGCUUAGGAGACCAGAGCCACCCGGUCCAGAGAGCCCAGCUCUCAUUUCCAGAACUGAUGAAAUUAGGAAAAAUACCUACAGGACGCUGGACAGCCUGGAGCAAACUAUCAAACAGCUUGAAACCACCAUCAGUGAAAUGAGUCCAAAAGCUCUGGUUGAUGCUUCAUGCUCUUCCAACAGAGAUUCUGUUGCAAGCUCACCCCACAUAGCCCCAGAGGCCUCUCCCCGCUCCCUGCUAGUUCUGGAUGAAGCUCCCACUGCCCCAGAGCCCCCCUCGUCCGUACCUUCAGCUUCACGUAAGGGCUCCGCUGGGACCCCGCAGACGAGCAGGAUGCCAGUCCCCAUGAGCUCCAAGAGCAGACCCGGAAGCCUGGACAAGCCUGGCAAGCCGUCCAAACUGCAGGAUCCCCGCCAGUAUCGUCAGGCUAAUGGAAGUGCUAAGAAAGCUGGUGGGGACUGUAAGCCUACUUUCCCCUCCUUACCUGCUUCUAAGAUUCCAGCCCUUUCUCCCAGCUCUGGGAAAAGCAGUUCUCUGCCCUCUGCUAGUGGCGACAGCUCUAACUUGCCUAUUCCACCUACUACUAAACCAUCGGUUACUUCUAACCCUCUCAGCCCCCAGACAGGACGAUCCACCCCCUCUGCCUCCCUCAUCCCCUCUGUCUCUAAUGGCUCCUUAAAGUUUCAGAGCCUCACUCAUGCAGGUAAAGGCCACCAUCUCUCAUUCUCGCUGCAGACUCAAAACGGCCGAGCAGCCCCUCCCUCCUCCUCCUCCUCCUCCUCCCCACCCUCCCCCGCCUCCCCCACGUCACUGAAUCAAGGUGCCAAGAGCAUCAGGACCAUCCAUACACCCGGCCUCACCAGCUACAAGGCACAGAAUGGAAGUUCAAGCAAAGCCACCCCAUCCACAGCAAAGGAAACCUCUUAAAGGCCAAAUCCUGUUAGGCACAAGUCGGAGUUACAUUAAAAAAAAAAAAAAAAUCUUUUUUUUCAACAGUCUUCAAUAACUGUUUUCACAAGAGAAUGUAUCAUAUUGCUGUACUGUUUGAGGCUUAAUGCUAAGUAUGUGCUAAAUACUGGAUGAAUAGAUUUCAGUAAAGCUCGUUUGUUUUUUGUUUUUUUUUUUUACUUUGUUGCUGUUGUAAUUACACAGUGUUUACUGUCUAUAUUUGACACCUGUUACAUGAAGUAAGCAUGUGUUACAAAAAGAGUGGCUGGCAGGAAAGAAGGGUGAGUGUGAGACUGUGGGGGGUGGGGAGAUGUAUUCAGCAUGUAAAACAUGUAUGAUUCCAGAAUUUCAGUAUGUUUUGUACAAAAAUAUUUUUCAUUACGGAGACUAGAUGUGAACAGAGAAAUACACAAGUGUGACUAUACAAAUUGUAAAACAGAUACUAUAAUAUUUCCUUUUAUUUUAGUGUUAUUUAGCUUUAUUACAGAUUUCUAUUUUUGUCAAAACUUCAUGGUUCCUUUCGAGAUCCUUUUUGCCAAAAACAUUUUGAUACUAUAGCAUUGUACGUGUGAAAGUAGUGUGCUAGACAAUAUGCCCGUGAACUUCUGCACAAGCCAACCCAGAGGCAUGUGUAGAAGGCAGUUUAUCAAUCCCGUUGCACUGCCAUGAAAAUUAGGUAUGAUGAUCUGCAGCCCAGGCAAGCGAGCUUUCUUUACUUUUCUUUUGUUCUCUUUUUUCUCUUCCUUUCCUUUUUUUUUUUUUUCUUUUUUAACAUAUUGGGAUUCUCUCUAGUUGCUUUCUUUGCAGUAUCGAACCCCUUCCUUUGUUUUCAGAGACCUGGCAACCUACACUAUUGCAUUGUGGAUUUUAACAUGUACACUUCUGUACGGUUCUGUCAACUGAUCAACUUUUGUACAUAUAUAAAUAGACAUCAGAAAUACUGGAUGUGACAGCACAGAGUAGUUUUCCCACACCAAAGUUAAUUUUUAUGCAUGCUUUAAAACUCUAUCUCGGGAUGGGCAGAAAUGGGGACUCCCCGUAUGUUUUUAAAAAGCAACGAGUUUGCACAGCUGGAGUGUUUUUUGUAAAUAAAUGUAUUUGUAUAACACAGUCAUGUAAUAUACAGAACUAUAAGCAGAGACUUUGCAAAACUAAAUAAAGGGCUGCAUGCUUAUUAUUUUUUUGUACCUUGUCCCUCGAACUACUUCCUAGUCAGAGAACAAAUGAAACUAUCACCGAGUUAAAUGGUUUGGGUUUUGAGGACAUUGUCGGUGACGUGUAACCGGACACGAACUGGGUUUCUGAGUCAUGAUGAGUUCCUGAUAAAUGCAUUGCAAGCGUGGUGCCUUCUGGUGUAACCUGUUGACCCUUGUCUCUGCGGCUUACCCACGGCUUGCCUACCACAAAGCAAACCUGGGACAAAGCUUUCACCCUCAUUGGCCAGAGGGGCUCAUAUUACUUUCUCUUUUUUAAUUUCUAGUAGAAGUAAAGUAGAAAUAAACCAUCUUUGUCACUA